AUGAGGUAAGAAAUGGAAAAUUAAGGUUGCUGAUCAAGGUGAAGUUAUAAGUACUACUGUAAAAUACGUUAUAGGAACAAAAUUUUUCUCGAUUUUUACCCCUUUUUCGGAAAAUUCGAAAAAUUUCAGUUAUAAUUUUAAAUAAGUGUAAAGUUGUAGAUACUACUGUAAAAUACGAAAAUUAUAUUAUAAACCUUUCUUUGAAAACUCAUAAGGAUUACAUUAGUGAGCAAAGCGUUCUUUCUUUUGGUAUGUUCCUUGUUGAAUUUGAAUUUUUUAGCUGGACAUCAUCUCAUUUCAACCGACCCACUGGGUCGGGCAUUGCGCUGAGGUCCAGUCGAUUAUUGGCGGCGGCGAAUACAAAGCCCACCUCCUCCACCUACACUCCCCGCUCCUCUUUGGCGGCCAAGUUCGCGGCCCGCGAUAAGCCAUCCACUUCGAGGACAACGAAAACGGAUUAUGGAGCUACUGUAAGGCUAUUUUCGGUCGAAAGAAUCAGACAAAAGUUCCAAAAAUAAUUUUUUUAUUAUUUUAGACCAGAUCGACCUCCGAAACGACCCGGCCCUCUUCGACGCCUCGGGCAUCGACGUUUAGUAUUUCAUUUACUAACAAAUUGCCAGAGACGACCAGAAGAACCAAUGGGCGAUUGACUACGGAUCUCAAAGCACCCGAACCGACCAGUUCUAGGACAAGUUCAUCUACUGCAAGGACAAUUGUAGGGACUGCUGGAAGCGAUUAUCUGAGGAGUAAGUUGAUUUUGAGAUCCUAUAAGGUGUAUUACAUCUAAAUUAGCCCCUCAACUAUUCUAAUUCUACGAUUUUUAGCCCGCCGAAAACCGGAUGACAUCUCCUCCGCCUCUUCUUCACGUUCACUUACCACUAAAAUGGCCGGAGUUCCGGAAGUCAUCUCCAGAUUCGGCUCAAGAUCUCCCGCCUUUCUUGCCGGAGGCGUUGUUCGAACCACUGCUCCCAGUUAUUCGGCAAGUCGGCCCAGUCGAUUCAGCACAUCUUCUCCGACAAGUCCAAGUCCCGCAAAGCCAAUCAGAAAAGAAGAAAGGCCAUGGAGAGUGAGGAUGGCGGAACAGAGUCGACUGAGGGAUCUAGAAACUCCGACAAUAUCAUUUACGACCGCUGGAGGAGCUACGAGUAUAGUGACGAGGACGAGGCCAACGAAUACGGAGAUCUCGAAGACCGCGGUGAAAGAGUCGACACCUGUUUCAAGUCUGGGCCUCAGGAAUUAUGAGAGCAAAGUAGGUCUUACGGCGCAGCAAAUUUACGCCGUUCUCAUAGAUUUUAUUUGAGUUCAGUCAGAAUCCAAACAAGAAAUUUUCAUGGAUAAUAUAAUCAAGAUUUCAAAUGUUUACAAAAAUACUUUGCAUCAUGUUUUCUGAAUUAAUGACGACCUGUUUUCAGUUUUCCAACCGUUACUCAGCCUCCCCGGUCUCCUCAAUUUCCUCAGCUUAUUCCCCAUCCAAAUAUCGCCAUAGUGUUCCGGUUGGUCGAUUAUCACGAAAUUCAUCGACUGCAUCAUCGACAUUGUCCUUGUACUCUCAAGUCAACUCCCCUAGAUAUUUAUCACCUACUUUUGCGCAUGGAUCUGUCAGUCAGGCCAGACAGAGUUCGCUGAUGACCAGGUAAGCUGAUGGAUAAUGUAUAGUGUACCCGAGAAUUUGUGAAUUUUACUGCAGUACUUGAAAUACUGAGAACCGAAGACUUUCUAGACUUGAUUUUUAAAUGCUUGAAAAUAAUAUCCGUCAUCAUGACGGGUUUUUUGCAUAAUUAAAAUUUUUUGGGCAUUGACACAAAAACUUCCUUACCCCUAUUUUUAGCAAUUUUUUGCCUUCUGUUGUGCAGUACUGUCCAUUUUUUCCACUUUCCUUGGAAUUCCUCGCCCAUUCCCUUCUCCGACUACCCUUUUCCAUUUUUUCAGAAGUUUGUAUACACCUUCCCUCAGUUCCUAUCAUCCCCCGCCUUCCCGGAUGUCCCAAUCUUAUACGGCUAGGUAUGACAACAUCGCUUGUAGUGACUAACCCAAUACUUCUUGAGGAUUAAUCAAUUCCGAGUAAAGAUUUGGAACUUUCAGUGAAUUGAAAAGAAUGGGAGAAGGAACAAAAUGGACUCCAGUAGAGCCUAAGGGGAUUCCUGAGGAAAGGAGAAGUCGGGAUCCAGAGAAAACUCCUAAAGGUAGGUCAAAGUAACAUCUCGGACUUUUAUAUACGCUUUUGCGAGAUCAAAUCAUCUAUUUUUGCACUUGCAACGAAAUUCAAAAAUGGCGGGAUUUCAGAAAGUUGCUUGUUUUUUUAUUUUUUUUUUUGUUUUUACAAAAAUUUUUACGGAUUUUCGAUGCUUGAUUUUCCCAUUUCAGCCCGCAGUCGGAGUGUUUCGAAAAAACGAAGAUCCAGAAGCCGUUCCGUAGCCAAUGAACCCCCGCCACCCGCAAGCUCAUCAGAUUCCGCAAACGAAAACGAGAACGGGAAAGUCGAAAAACGGAAGAAAUUGCGGAAAAAAUCGUCCGCCUCAAAUAUCGGUGAGUUUUUGAAUCUGGUGUCAAGUAUAAUAUAAAAAAUCUUGGUAGUAAUGUUGAAUAGUAGAUGCUGUUUUUUACGUCGAGCCGACAUUUGAUUCCUUGUUUUCGAAAAGUUCGGCCAUUAAAUUGAUCAAAAGGAAGAAACUUUCGGGCCAUUUCCCAUGGGACGCUAAAACAAAUUAUCUGAUAUACGACUUUGACGAAUCGUUUUGCUGACUUAAUUUUUGAAGAGAAUCGGGGGCUUGGAGUAAUUUGAAAAGAGACUGAUAAGUUGGGGGAGGAUUUUAAGUUUUGAAGGAAAUUGUUUUGGCUAAGGAGCCAAGUAUAAUAUUGAAAAUAGAUCAGAAGUUUUGACUCGAAAAAGUCUUCCGUAUUUUACCAUUACCUAGACAUAAUAAGACCAAAAUAGACCAAACAGUCAAUUAAAAUUUUCGCAUGGCUGACAAGUUGAGGCGUACUUGACGGCGUAUUUGUUUAUUCAAAUCUGUAUCCAAAUCUUCAAAAUGCAUAAAAUACCAUUCAUCGACAUCCCUGUCAAACCCACCAAAUCCUUCAUCCCGUGGCCGAUAGGUUCAAUUAAUCAGGCCCCGAACGUGGCCACAGGUGAAAGAGCGUUUGGCCACAGGUCAGCCCCCUUUUUUAUAUAACGGCUUCUCUUUGUUUCAAGGGCUCUACGAUUCAAGCAAAGAGAUAUUGAUAUUAGUUUUAUUGAGAUCUCUUGGCCGCCUCUUUGCAUGUUGAUUUGAAUUUUGAGAUAAGAAAAAAUCGAGGGCCAUGACUCGUCAGAGGUUUACAAUUUCUGUGAAGCCGGCUAGCAGAGGUAAGAGGGGAGAUUUGGGGGUAAUUUUUAUAUUGUAGUGGGUGAAUUAGGUCUCUUUAGUCUUAUUACACCUUUGGUCAUCAAGAUCUCGUCAUUUUUUGUCUUGCAAUAUAUAGCUUUAGACAGCUUUAUUAAUAUGCUACCAUGAUUUGUCUCAUUUAGCUGAACCCUACCUUCCAAUGUCUUUUUGAUUCUUCAUCUGUCUUUCCGAACGUGCUUCACACAUUUUUUUCGGCUUGACACCUAUAUAUAAAUAUUCAUUACCCUCCCCAAAUACCGACUUUCGGGGGGCUGGGUAAUGGGCAGAUGCUUUUGUUGUCGUGCCGUUUGGUGACGAUGGGCAAGAGGGGGAGCAGAGCGGAUCAAACGAUUGGGACACAAGGGAUUUAUUUAGGUUCUGGAAGUCGGGGGACAAGUUCAGGACAUCAUCUUUUUGACACUUUUUAAUCCCUCCGAUUUUUGAAGAUCCCGACUUUCGGCCCGGUUUUACGAGGUUGUAGUGGAUGCAAAUUGCUGGUUUAUGGGUGCUAUCAGUCUGUCGGAAAAAUAACGGCGGAUUGUCGCAGCAAAAUGUCUCGCCUCGCCGCUAUCGCGCACCAAAUCCCAAGCCGCGGCUUACAGUCGCAAAGCGAUGAUGGGCGAUUCCGAGGCGCGACGAUCCGCCGUUAUUUUCCCGACAGACUGAUAUUUGGAGAAUACGAGUUGAUCUUUAAUUUGGGAAUAAAAUGUUUUUGUUUUUUCAUGAUGAAAAAGGGAAAAUCGAAAAUAAAUCUGGCCGAAAAAGAAUUGUCCUUCUCGCAGCAUCGAAACCGCAACCCCGCAAAUGAGCGGCACCGAAAGUUUUUGCGAUGCGUUGCAAAAAUGCGCGCGACAAGAGAAAAUCGCCAAAAUUUGGGGAAUUUUGUUGAUGCACGGUGCAAAAAAGCCGUUUGCACUGUGCAAAGCCCAUUUCUAUCGCUGGCGAUGCGUCCUUUUUGCUGGUUUCUUCGGCGACGCGCUCCAAAUUUCUCCGCGAUGCAAAUUGGGGUUUGGAGUGAGUGUGACGGAAAGGGGCGCGGAGGAAAAUUAUUUUUCGGGAAGACUGAAAAAUUAUUGAUUUUUGAGGGAUCGUUUUUAAUUUUUGAUGAUUUUUGCAAAAUUUAGACCGUAUUUUAGCCAAAUUUUUUUCUGAAAAGUUGGUGUAGAAUCUAAUCAUCAAUUUUCUUUCCAGUUCCCACCUUUGCGACCACCCCGAAUACGACAAAAUCACCUGUAAAUAAACCGAAAACAACCAAAAUGCCGGCCAAUUUCGAAGGCCAGCUUCCCAACGAACCCAAAUCCGAAGUCAGCGAGACUAUUACCGCCAAAUCUACGCCGCUGAUCAAGACAGAUCCACCGAACGUAAGGUCUUUCCAUCGAUUUUAGGCAUUAAUUUUGAGCGAUAUUACUUUAGACACGUUUUGUUACACUAAUCCGGUAGAAUGGGCCUAAUUAUUGUACGUAUUGUGUUAUUUACAGAACGGCUGGAAGAGGCGGCACAUCAGACCGCCGAAAACUGUGCACUUUAUUCCUUUUUGUCUCGAGAUUAGAGGUUAGAGCGAGUGUUUCACCAACUUUCUUUUCUUUCUUUGCUUGUCCGUCCGCUAAUUUUUACAAUCUGCGAAGUGUUUCGUACGCAGCAAUAACGCUUUCUUCCUCAUGUUGCUUCGGAAUAGAGAUAUGGGGAUCAAUUUGUAUUAAACUUGGGUUCAAUUUUGAUUUUUGAAAAAAAAUUAUUGUCGUUAUAUUAGACAUGAUUUUGGGAGUAUUCCAGACGAAAAUUUAUAUUGUAGUAGAUACAAGAAAGUGUUCUAAUCUGUGAAAGUAUAGUGUCAAUAAGAUAGUAAAUGAUCUAGUUUGUCGAGUUAGACCCUUCUUGCAGGCUUACGUGAAGUUUUACUGAAAUAGAAAAGAAAAUUAUAUUACACUAGACAUGAGAGCAAAUUUGAUAAAAAAAUUAUGUCAAAAUCCUAUAAAUUUUAGAAAAAACUGUUGCACAGUAUUUUUCACGAUAUGUUUUCUGUUUUCCUCAUCAAAUUAUUUUAAAAUUUUUAUUCUAAAAUACGACUUUUAGCCAUUCCUUUAAGCUUAUGACAUAAAAAAUUCUGCUUUCUAACUUGUCUUGCACAUUUUCAUAUUGACUGUAGUUUAAAGUACGAUAUUCUCAGCCAGUUUUCCAUAAAGCUUCUUGUUUUUUAGAAGAAUGAAACCGAAUUUCACGCAGUCACCACAUUUAAACCUGCUGGAGCCCUGAAAAAGAAGAAAAUCCUGGAAGAGACCUCCAAUAAACCGGUGCCGGGGGUCUGGAAUGGAGAAAAUGAAGUCUUCAUCAGCUGUAAUAAGAGCCUUUUGAGGUAAAAUACGUUUAACAAGUCAACUUACUUUUUAAAAAAAUUUUAGCCAUGGAUAAUGAAAUUUAAAAAUUUGAAAAAAAAUAUCUUGAGGUCAAUUUUUGACACGAAAUCAUGUUUUAGAAAAGAAUCCAAGAUCCAAAUUGAGGUUGUAAUGAAGCAUAUUCCCCAUUCCAAAGCUCCCAUCGCUUAUUUCAAGGUCCAGAAAAAGAGGAGGAUCGUGAUAAUGAGUCGAAACAAAAUUGUGAACGCCAGUUUCAUGAAGCCUAGGGUUCAUUCGCAAACUGUAACACUGACUUUGAAGGAUAAACAGUGAGCUUUUUAACUAUUUGUUUUAAUUUUGAAAUUUUCGAUUUUUUUAUAUUUUUUUGCCUAAAAAAUGUUUAUUCCAAUUAAAUUUUAGUGCGAUCCAAAAAUCCGUCGCAAAAUUGAAUGUGAAAGAACCGAAGAAAGCAGUGAAAAUUGAGGAAAAGACGAUAAACGAACACUUGGUGAAGAAUAAACAAAUGAAACUGAAUGUGGAGAAGAAAUGGAGCGAAAAGAAAAGGUAAAAUACGUGAUGGCUGUACGCUUCAGCCUGAAAAAAAUUUUUUUUUGCAGAAAAUUUUUAUUUUUCAAAAUAUUUUUUUUUGUAAGUAAAAUGAUAAAAAAUAUGUGAAAAUUUGUUUUUAGGGAUACUGUAAUUUGUUUUUACUGUUUUUUCAAAAUUUUUGUACGUGUUUCUCUAUCUUCAGAUCAAUUGCUCAAAAGUUGGCACUGAAAUGUAAAGCAGUCAGCGAAAAGAUGAAGACGGUCAACAUGAACAUCAAUCGACGGCCAGAACAAAAGGCUUGCAAUGUAAGAAAUUUCAAUUUUAAUUUAUCAAAAGUUUUGUAAAAUAUCAUCCUUUCGAUGAUAUUUGACAACUAAAAAUAGGCUUUAUUCUCCCUUAUGAUUCAGGGCACGGUCCGUCUCCCGGCCGAAGCACGACGUGAAUCAGUCCAGUUGAGUAUUUUACAGCCCAUGAAUGUGGCCGUCACCUUGGCCCAGCCGCCCAAAAUCAUCGAGAUUCUCUCGCCGGAGCGAAUCGAAUGGUCGGAUGGGUUCUCGUCGCCCGAAUUGUAUGAGGUAGGGGUAAAAUACGUCGUCUCUUACCGCUAUUUCAAAAAUGUUUUUGAAAAUCAAAAAAAGAAUUUUUUUCACAGCUUGGUGAAUUUUUUAAAAUUACUGUAUAUGGUGUUAGUUGCAACUAAAAAUCAAAAUUAUUUCCCAUAUAUGUAAAAUACGCUGAUUGCAGCUAUUUUUGAACAUUUCGGUCAAAUCCUGCACUGUGUGACUAAAAAUUUAUUUUUGAAAAAUUUUCUUUCUCCACUGCACUGGGCGGAAAAUAAUUUUCAAAAUUGGAAUUGUAAAGUAGUAUAACUACCCGGAGGAGCGAGGUCAGAAUGCAAUUACCGACUUUAUGGCCAUAUCUCCAGCCGGGGAAUGCCAUCUGUUAUCCCCUCCGGGUAAUUGAAAGAUCUUUUACUCAUACCGAUUUUUUUUAUUUUUUCAGUCUCAAUGGCUGUUAGGCAACAAUUAUGAGGAAAUUUUGAGGGUAAAAUACGGUCUUCAAUGUUUGUGCCUUUUACCAAAUUUUUGUUUGGAUUACUGUAAUUUAUUAUUGAAUAGAAAAGAUGUUUGGGCAUUGACUUUUGCAAUUUAAAAAAUGCCAAGAAAAAGUUCAAAGCUGCUGCAAACACUUGAGUCUUAUUUCAAAAAAUGAAGCCUGCUCUUUUCUUCACUAUACAUUAACUUUCAAUUUUUACUUAUUUCUAGUAUAAUUUCCCAAAUUUCCAAAUACCCCCUAAAUUUUAUGUUAUUUCCCAAAACAUGACCACAAAUGUCAUCCCUGAUCCCCACUCUCCUCCCUCCCCCAUUUCCACGGCAUAUCCCUCCUCUUUUUUCGGCUGCAAAUCCCUCCCGAUCCCCUCAGGGCAUCUGUGACUCAGCGGCCCCUUAUCACACAUAAACGUUUUUUGAUAAGUACAUCAGUAGGCCGGAGGGAGAGACGUGAUCCAACUCCCAUUCUUCGUAUCCGUUCUUCAGGCUGGUGUAAAGUGCGGCUGUUUUGGAUCAUGGGAAGAGGGAGAAGAUAAGGAGAAGCAGGGGGAGGAGAGCUUGACCAAUUGUUCACGCGACUCUAGCUGACAUUAUGUGCCGAGUUUUUUAUACUUACGAAAACAGCGGAGCUUCGAGAAUCAUAAUUUUUCAGGGGAAAAUAUCGUUUCGAGACCAAUUUUUUACGAUAAUACGGCAGUUUUCGAGUAUUUUUGUUGAUUUUUUAUUUUGUAAAAUUUUAUAAUACGUUUAUUCUAAUUUAACAUGCCUAAUUAUACAAAUACGACUUGAAAAAAUAGACCACGUUAGACAUUUUUAAUCAAAAACUAUCUAAAUUUUGAUGGAUAAUAUAGUGUAUUCCUAUAUAGCCAGAAAAAAUGGUGUAUAUUCGUCUUGAAAUACCUAAGGAUGAUUUGGAUAGCUUUUUCUUUAACUUCCACGGUUUGUGCAGCUAUUACAGCCCUUUGAGCAAAAUGCCAAAAAUUGCGGGAAACUUGAUUUUAAAAUUUUCGAUGGAUUAUUGAGUGGAAUAUGGAUCCUAAAGUUGAUAAACCUUGUUGAUUGUUAGAAAUUUUGUUUUGCUUUUUUUCAAAUACCGAUCUUGUGGGCAUGGUUUGAUGUCAUGUAUAAUAUAGUAUAAAAAUUAGAAAAUUAUGAUUUUAUUCCAAUUUCAUUUCUUUCAGCGUGAACUCCACGUCCCUCUACCUCCCAAACAUCAACCUGGAGGCCCACUUGUUCUUCCCGAUCAGUCCACUUUGGAAGAAUACGUUAAACGGUAAAAUAGGAUGACUUAAAGCAAUUAUUCAGCUUUUAAAAGGUAUUCAGAUUGAAUAUUGUCAGCUAUUAUUUGUUCCCAAAAACCUCGAAAUCAUUUCGGGUUUUUUUUUUGAAAACGUGAUCACGUCAAAUUUCGGCCCUUAGGGCAUCGGAGAAGAUCGUUUCGUUUUUUCUUCACCUGACAUAAAAGUUAAUCGUCUUCUAAAGUGUCUGAGAAGUGGUAUUCAUUUCGUAUUUUAGGAAACGGAACCACCUCGAGACGAUUCGAAUUUACAAUUCGCCCGUGGAAAAGCCCGACAAAAACUCGGUCAACGGUACGUUUAAAAUAAUUUCAGCUUCUGUAAAAUGCUUUUUCUGACCCCCACGGCACACGGCUAACUUUAUUCUAUCAAAACUUUUUGUUUUCCCACUUUUUUGGACAUUUUUAUAUUAUCCAUGAUCGCUAAUAUGUUAACCUCAAACUCACAGCUUCCCACCGCCAAAUCUUUGCUGACCCCACUAAAAUUAACCGUAUUUUACGUUGAACUAAAUAUUUUUUGUUAAGUUUCCCGAACUGUUUGGUUGAAACCCCAGAAACCGAGCUUCCAACGCAUUUCCCCCCAAAUUUGAGGAAUUAUGGACGGAAAACGUUAAAUCUUAUGGUUAGAGUUUUCUCCUUUUCACGCCUUUACAUUUCUUGCUUCUUUUUUUGUAGAAAAUGGCUGCGAGUGGUUGUAAAGACAAUGCUUAUAAAGAUUUUUUAGAUACGGGUGCUGAGGCCCGCAGGGCCGAUUCCAAUAUGACCCCGAGGCCGAAUGACCCAGUUCAGAUAAUCCAGCCCGCCAAGGUCAGUCCAGCCCCGCCCGCAGCGCCCGCCGGACUUCUACGCGCCAUGUUGAGGUGAGUUUUUUCGAUUUUUUUGCAAAUUAUGUCAUCUUUGCCCAAAAUAAUGCAAUUUUUCGGAAGAAAUUGAGGUUUUGAUGACGUUUUAUCCUUCUACGAAGAAAUCGGUGACAUUGGACGAGUAAGUAAUCUUUUAUAAAUUUGCAGAAAAGCCUCCGACCCCUCAGGCAGUAAUCGCCUGCAGCCAAUGAAAGCCGUUUUCGAUACUCCAAAAUCGCCAUUCGAAGAGAAAAUGCAACAACAAGCGAAUAAGCUGAGACAGGCCGAAGCUGAAGAGCCCAAGGCCGACAAUAAAUGGAAAAGAAGGUCCAUGGAUUCGGAUCUGGCCCAAGGGUUCCAGGCGUUGGCCGCGCAACAUUCCAAUAAACCGGCCGAAAGAUACGCGGCCCAUAUCCCGAUCAAUGUGCCCUCGGGCAGACAGAGUGUGGCUAGCGUGGAGUCGGUCCAGAGGUGGGUAAAAUACGACAGUUGAAGCAUUAAUGUGCAUAAAUGUACUUUUAAAACUAAAAAUCUGACCUUUGGGCGAGAAAAAAAUGUUAUCCAUGAGAGUCGAAAUGAGCCUUUAGAUGACUGAUUACUCAUUGCAUGAUCUCACGAGAACUUGUUUCCUGAAUGAACAGGUGCCGAGGAUGGAGUAUCCGUUAAACUGUUUAGUUUCAUUCGACGACUUGUUUCCGGCCCUUAUUUUAGAUUAGUUUAGAUUGAAAGUCAGACUUUGAGAUUUAUUUAUUUUUUUGUUUGUAACUAUUUAUAUCAAGGCAAUGGAUUAAGUUUUAUAUGUGCUAUCGGAAAUCUUAAAAAAUCUUCUUUGAAUUUCUCCAUGAAAUCAAUUUUUUCACUAAAUGACCAUUAGAAUUUUCCCCUCGAAUAUUUGUUUACAGUUCAUUUCCACUUCGCAGCUGAUUAAGAGUAACCUUUGGGGCGCUCACUAAUUUCCAGAGCCCUCAAAUCCCAUUUUUUUCCUCUCGAGACUUGUCAAAAGCUCGAGAUUUGAGGACCUCUUCGAUCUCUCUGGGUUCCCAUUAUUUUUGGGAAACCUCUGCCUUUCGCCUAAAUUAUCUUUAAUUACAAGUAAAAUUGAAACGAUUUUAGGGGAAAUCUUGGAGUGGACAGGGUUUUGGAAGAAUUCGGAGAGAUUUUUUGCGGGGAUUUUUGUGGUUACUGUAAUUUUUUGGAUCGUGAUUUUUUUUUUGUUAAAGGUUGAAUGGAUGGUUGAAGUAGUAUCAACCAUGCUUUGAGGGCCCCUAAAUUUAUUUUAAACUUGAUUUUUUACCCAUUUUUUGGGCAAAUAGGAUUAACAACAUGUUUUAAAAAAGUAAUCCAAUUUUUUUGCGAAUGUUUAUAAACAAAAAAAAGAUAACGAGAAUUGAUGGAGUUUAUUCAACGUUAAUUUUUGUUUAGAGUACCUUAUAGACCAUUUGGAGACCUUUUAAAACAUUCUACCAUUGACGUCAUGGCACGGCAUUCUGUACUUUUGGGACACAACCGAUCUCCGCGACUUUUUCUAUUUUUUUCGUAGCGCGCUUGCUUUCUCUCUCCAUAUCUCGCUAGCCAUUUGAGCUAGAAGGCUGAAAUUUGGCAUGGGAGUAGAGUAAAAAGCCAGCUUUCAGAAAAUAUAUAAAUUGUAAGGAACCCCGUCGUAUAAACUUCGCAAUGACGAUUGAAAAAAAAUCAUUUUUAAACCUUCUGCAACCCAAAAGUGCAAGUUGCAAGAUCGUAUAGACAAAUUUUUUUUGUCUAUGUGUGUCAAAUUCGAUUCUCUACAAGAUAGCCAAAUCUCAUCUUAUUUGAUGUGUAGCGAAAAAAAAUAUUGUUAUCCAUGCAUGGAUAACAAUAUUUUUUUCAAAAUUAUUUUUUUAAUGGUUGGUUGUUUCAGCGUCGCCCUGGACAAGGCCUCGCAACAACUUGACCAAAUGAUCGACCAGGCCCGCUACAAACACCAGCAGCAUCGAACAAAGUUCAAGGAAGCCAUCGAUUAUUUGGACCAAAUCUUCGAGGAUCUCAAAAAGGAAACGGUUGAGCCGAGUAAAAAGCCGACGGAACGGACGAUCCAGAAGCCCGAGAAAUUCCCGGUGGGGAAUCAACUGCAGGCUAAGAAUAGCUUGAAAUCCCAACCUAAAACAACAUCACCGCAAAGGCCGCAGCUGGUCAAAAGUGUCAGUCAAGAUGGCGGAAGUAAUGUGUAAGAGUUUUAAAGGCGAUUAGUGGUGUUUGGAUAAAAGAUUUUGAUUUUUUAAAGAAAAAUUGCUAAAAAUUAGGUUAUUUUGGGAAAAUUGAUAAAAAAUUUAUUUGAAUUAUUUGUUUAUAAGUCAACUUUUCUGGAAAACGUGUGGCUAGGUACAUUUAAGAGGUCUAGUUCGAUCAGCCCAGACCAUAUGACUGACCCUAGUAUAAUAUAAAAAGUACGCGUUGAGGUCUAAAAGUGAUGCAAUUUUACUUCCAAUAGUUUAAAAGAGGUGAGACAGACUAUAAAAAACACUAGUGGAUUUUUAAUUGAUCAAUGAUCAAAGAAUAAUAUCAAGCACACUAUCGGAGGUAGUAUAAUGUAUGAAAAAAUUACUGAAACCACCCUCAAUUUUAAUGAUGUUAGUCUCACAACCAAAGGUUAUAAAUAUUGGGCAAUCUGCUCGACAUUCUUCGUUCCCUUUAAGCCUCGGGAUUGUGUUGGCCCACCUGUCCGAACCGAAAAUGAAAUGAGAGAAAUUUGCACUUGGAUAAGGGCCUAUUUAUCAGCCCAAGAAACGAAGCUUUCCCGGCCCAAAAAACAGUCCGAGAUGGCCUCAAGUUCAGGUCAAGUGACCUUUACCUCCAUCUAAUCUGUAAUUCUGCGACUCUUUAGAUCUAUCGCCUCAGGCGUUUUGGUGUUUUAUUUGUCCUAUGACCUGAAAUCUUGUGUUCUUUGUGUGGCGUAGUCAAUAUUCAAAGGAUACACAGAUAUUUCAAGGUUGUAUUACUCGUAUUUAAGAUAUUUUCUAACUAAAAGUUGGGAUUAUAUUAUACUAGAGAAAAUUUGGUUAAUCUCAAAAUUUGGAAGAAUCAUUGAUGUGAUGGUGAUCUAUAUUGAUUCCUUUAGACGGAUACAUCCUCAAAAACAACCUCAACCGGCCAGAUUCCAACAAACGGCGCAGCAGAAAGCUCCGUCAGCUGCUGUUCAGAAGGCGAACGCUGUGAAUGCUCAGUUCAAAUCUUCUGCUCAACGGCCAAGGCUUCAAAAGGCAACGGUAAAUAUGACCAGUCAACUGAUGAUUUUCUGUUUCACUUUAAUAUUUGUUUCGAAGUUUAUAUUGCACUAGUUUUUGCUAAUAUUAAUUUGUAAAAAUUUUUUGAUGCUCAGAGUUUUUUAUGUUUAUCUUUAUAUUGCCCAAAAUUAUCAGUCAUAAGCUGCAUAUUUAUAAAUAUUUCUUCAGGCCGAGUCCGGUGAUGUUGAGGUAACGGAGACCAUUGUUUUGCCGUCCAAAAAUUCUGCCGAAAGACUGGAUUAUACCCGAAAAUGGCUUCAAGAUGAUAUCAAAACAUGGGUGGACAAGCCGGGAAGUGGCCCUCUUAAUAAUCAGGUACGGUGCUUUGAUUUGAGAUAUCAAUUGUUUGGUUGCCUUAUAUUUUCUUGUAAACAAAAGUCAUUGAAUUUCUUUUUUGUUUGCACAAAUUUGUAUAGCUCCUUUCUGACAUUUUCUGCACAAAAAACUGGGCCAUGAAUUAGCCGGUCAUCUUUCGGCUUGACCAUUAAUCCCCUCAGGCACUAAUUCAACAAUCUUUAGAUCCGCCGAGUGGGCAGCAGCGGCGAGUCGGACGAGGAACACUCGCUGGGCAGUUGUUCGGCCGAAGUGGCCGCAAUCAACGCGGCCAAGCGAGAGAAACGCGACAAACAAGCGGCCAAGGACAAGAAGACAAAGAAGUAGGUAUUUGACAUAUUUUGAUAUAUAGGAAGUGGUGUUAUUCGGAAAGUGGAAAAGACAAAAAUUUAUAUUAAUCAUCAUUUUUGGAGGUGUCAAGGAGAAUAUUAGAUAUUUUAAGCGGAACAAAAAUGCUUUUAGUAGAAUCUAUGCUUCCAUUAAGUAGUUGAGAGUCUCUAAAUCAUGUUUUGAAAGUAUCAAGCAUACUGUAACAUCAAAUUCAUUUUCUAGCGAACCCGUUUCCCAGCCUCCUCCACCUCCAGUCCAAGUCCAACAACCCAUCCAUAACGGCGCUCCAAUCAAGCCCCGUCCCUAUCGGCCCAAUGAACAGGGUGCUCCGGGCUUUGUCAUCACCGAGUCCUACGAUCUCCAGAAGGUUAAUUCCCAUGGAAACAUCCGCCCGUCGACCAGCGACAGUGUUGAUCGGGCGGCCUCAAGUCAUGAAUACAGUGGGGGAAGUCAGAACUCGCAUGAUGGGAAGCCGGCCUACAACUCGCUCCAACGAACCGCCUCAGGGGCUUUUGUCCAAUUCCAGAGAGGAUCCAUCCAGAGUUUGCCUGACGCCAUUUAUGGACCCACAAGAACACCCCAACCGUAUCCCCCAUCGAACACGAGUGGGUAUGGGUCGACUUCGAGUCAACAAUAUCUUCAUCCUCCAGACCCAGUACAUCAAAUGAACGCGUUGGUCGCGGAAUUGGAGCUCAAUACAGAUCCGGUAAGUCCUCUUCUUUGAAAUUCUGACUGAUCAGGGAAAUAGGGAUGAUUUUAUUGAAUUUCAAUAAAAAAUUGAAUUUUUCAGAACUUUGAGAAGCGCCGAUCCUUCCCCACGAUCCAAGUUGAUCCGCAGAAGUCGCCGCGACAACGACCAAUCGCCAAUACCACAGUAAAAGUCCAGAAUCCCCUCCCGGACCCCCAUUCCCGCCUGAAUGUCCCGCAAAAUACGAAUUACUCGGGCUCCAUGGAUCGAGGCAUGCGUCGAUAUGAACAGGAAAAGGAUCCGCUCCAGACCAGUGUUCAACGCCCAGCCGCUCAAUCCUCAACGCUGGCGCAGAAAUUGGCCCCGAAACAGAAAUUGGAAGACGCGACCUCACUGUUGGACUCGGUGAUUGGGGAAUUACAUCCUCUGGAUGGCCCCAAACGACCAAAAGCCACUGAUCAGUACUAUAAUCAGAACAAUAAUGUGUCUCAGCCCAGCUGGCAACAACAAAUGAUGAUGAAAAAGCAGCAAAGAAUGGCUCAGAGUCAGGUGCAACAUCAGAAUAACCAGAUUGGCGGAGUCCACGUGCAUCAACAUCAACCCGGUCAUGUUCAUAUCCCACAAAUGGGCAUUCGAAACGAACAUCAACCCAACCAUUUCCAGACCAUCAACGAAGAGAAAUUGAACCCGUCCAAGGUGGAGAAGAUCCAUAAUUUAUUUGAACAGACCAGAGGCCCGAGGUCAGUCCAACGACAGGGAAGCCGGGAACAUCCACCAGAGCCAGUUUACAGUGAGAUCAGCGAGUUUCGACAUGAGGUAUUGGGUGAUUUGUAUUAUUUUGGACUUAAUCUAUAUUGUUUUAGACUCUGCAAGAUGUAAUAUUAUCAAUAAUCUUUUCAGCGUUCCUCAAGUCUAAAAACGAACACCCUUGGACGUCUGAACCCUUCCCAAGUCGACCGACCAUCCCUUCCAUCAACCCAACCACCAAAUCAGCCCAGAGGAUACUUGUCGCCCACUCAAAAGACCCCUCAAGUCCAACGUCAAGGCAGUCUUCGGCGGCCUCCUCCUCAGCCCUUUGACCGUGUCUCCCUCAACAGCCAGAACAUCGAGGAGGAAGAGAACUUUUACGAUAACAUCCGGACCCAUCGACAAGACGAUGAGCAGAGUGUGACGAGCCGUCGAACCAUCGGCGCUCCCUAUUUGGCCUCCAGAUCUCCGCAGCCCCAGGCAACGCAAAAGAACGCUCAAGGAGGACGGAUUGGACAUCUGAUUAGGAAGUUGGGGGGAGUACCCGAGAGACCAAUCGUCCAUCAAACCUCGGUUCAUGAAGGGUCGGUCAUGUCGUUGAACAGGGUUGGGCAAGAGCAGAGUCAUCAACCACAGAGACCGGGCGUGUUGAUGAAGAGCAAUUCGUUGAGUGGAGAACCGUGGAGAAUACAUGCCAUUGAUAAAGAAGGUAAGAAAGGCUUGGUAGAAGAUUUGGUGGAGAAAUGAGCAAGAAAGUGGAUUUUUUGGAGAUCAAAAGGGGGCUUUAUGGGUAAUCUAUGGAUAUAUGUACCAGUUAAGAAGUUUAUGUUGGGGUAAUGGUUUUGGUGUAAUCUUGAGCCUUAUUUUAGACAUUCGUUGUAUUUUACUCCAACAAAUUUUGAAUUUUUGAUGAUAAAGUACGAGUAUGCUACCAAUAAGCUAAUGAGACGAUGUACAAUACAUACGAAUUUGUACAGUAAAACUGGUUUGGCCUUUUUUAGUCAUUAAUAUUACACCAGGUGACAUUCAUCAAAAAAAAACUAAUGUAAAUUUUGAUGUUUAAUUAGUACAAAGCCUUCUUACAGACUCGAGCCUUGACCAGAAGACGAGUGGUAUCGGGAACCGCCUGAAACAAACCUUAUUUGGAAGCAGGAAAUGGCUGAACAACUGA